CUUCACGAGUCGACCCACUUUUGACUGGACAGACUCUGCUGCCUCUGUCAUUAGUCUGAGAUUAUCACAGGGUUUAUAAAUCGGAAGUUUAUCUCCUAACAAACUACUUAACACUUGAUUUUACGGCUGAUCGUCCAGAACACUCGGGUGAACAUGUAGAGAUGGAUCUUAUGAAGCUGUUUGGCACUGUUAUCGCCGUUUUGUUCCACCCUGGAUCCGCUUCUAAAAUAAAUGGCCAAAGGAUCUGUCGACGUGGGACAGAGCGCCCAUGCUACAAGGUGUCCUACAUCCAGGACAGCCGGCGCAGGCUGACCUUUGAGGAUGCCAGGCUCGCCUGCAGGAUGGAUGGAGGCGAGUUGCUCAGCAUUGAAACGGAGAGCGAGCAGCAACUGAUGGAGAGGUUCAUACAGCAGCUACAGGCUGGAGAUGGAGACUUCUGGAUCGGGCUCCGCCGCAGCCCACAUCGGUACAGAGCAGGGACCACAAGCCCAGGUUGCCCCUCACAGUACUAUUGGCUGGAUGGAAGCAAGGCCAAGUUCAGGAACUGGCACUGGGAUGAGCCAUCGUGUGGUGGGGAAAUGUGUGCGGUUUUGUACUACCAGCCCUCUGCACCACCUGACGAAGAAGGUCAUUUCCUCUUCCAGUGGAAUGAUGACAACUGCAACUCCAAGAACAAUUUUGUCUGCAAAUACCCGGAAGAAAAAGUACCAGUAUUUACUGUGGAAAGGAACACAGCGCAUGCAGCUCCGUCUCUGGGGCCAGACAUUUUCUCAACUACAGAAACCGAUGAGAGGCUAAAGAUAGGACUACCUGAGUCAUCAGUGUCUCUCUCAGACAACACGCUGUAUGUUUCCUACAUCCUUUAUGCAACUAUUCCUGCUCUGCUGCUGCUGCUGUUUGCAGCUACUGGGUUCUUCUGCUACAAGCAGCAUGCUAAGAGACGGAAGACAAAAACACAAAGCAAUCCUAGCAGAUCCAAACCGUGGACGUCGACAACAGCUUCACCUUACGCCAUACAAGGACCAUAUGCCUUUAGUGACAUUACCAAACUGCCUCACACUGGUGUGGACAGCAGCAUGCCAGCAGACAUCAUGACAAAGUAUCCCAGUGCUCCUCCCCAGGACUCCCAGUGUGACGACUAUGAGAACGUGUCAUGUGCAGUCAGGGAGAGCGGCUUUGUAACCAAUGACAUCUAUGAGACCUGCAAGGCUCAGAGCCAGCGUCAAACUGGUUGGGUGGAAAACGAGAUCUAUGGAUAAAACUGUUGAUGCCCAUCUGGGCUAACAAAUAUGACCCAGCUAGACAGAGGACACAGUGUUCUCCGUUCCUUUCUUUGUGUACACCUGACUGUUUACUUGUGUGAUGCAGGAUCACUUAAUGUGGCUGUGAUGCUCUGGACAUAGCAUAUUUUAAUUUCCUAUGUAUAUUGCCAGCUCUCCAUUCUAAGUGAAAUUAAUGCUUAGAGAAUGGUUUCUCAAAAUAAUGUAAAUUGCAACUCCGUAUUCAUGUCCCAGAAGCAAUGGAAAGGUUCGAAAAAUGGUUGCCAAAUUGUGAAAUGCCUUUGGAUUUAAGAGUAACAGAUGUGUUAUAUAAAAAUUAUAAUACAUUUCAGAUCUUAUUCAUAAAUGUUAUUAAACAAGACUAAGAGUCUACAGCCAGUCAUUAGCAUGUAUGAGGUUUACCAUGUUUAUUGUCUUAGUGUUUGCUAAUUAGCUCUAAACACAAAGCUGAGGCUGAUCAUUCGUUUUGCAGGUGUUUGAUUACAAACUGAAGUUUUAAAUUGAUGGAAAGGGGAUCAUCAAAGCUAUUAUAAUCCUGAGGGGGACAUGGAUGUGUGGGUUCCAAAUUUCUUGGCCAUCCAGCCAAUAGCUGUUGAGAUACUUCACUCAAAAGUACAAAUGUUAAUCCUAUGGUGGCACUCUGUUAUUGUAAUACAGUCAAAAGAAAGCCUCUGACAAAUCGUGAAACUUCACAGCAGUUUCUUUUUGCAGUGGCAUUAAUGAGCUCAGAUAAACAGAAAUGAGUCAGGUCAUUGCUGAUAUAUUUAUCAUGGUGGUUUGCACAUUUACCCUUGGGAACAAGUUUUGAGGAUUCACACAAGGUUACUCAUGUUAUAAACAAUCCAGAAUUAAACUUCUCAGCCAUUUUCCAGUCACGUCAUCGUGUUAUGACACACAAAGACAAAAUGAUCCUGUUGGCACUCUACAGCAGUGGAGUUGACUAUUUUUUCUCUAAACCUGAGAGGUGGUGUCAUUCCCAUAAGGCUUCCUGUUUGGACUCUGAUGUCAGGGAACAGGACAGUACAUGCGGAAACACUGAUGACAGAACUGUGCUGACCCCAGUAAACCUCAAAGCUGUGGGCUUUCCCAACUCCACCUGACUGUGUGAGAAACUCAACCCUCCCACUGAUCUGACAGAAACUUUUUAGGAGUAUGGAAACAUGUCAUGCACUCAUUCAUCAGUGUUUGCUUCUAAAAGAAUAUGCCUGCUUUUGUAAAUUUGUAAACUAAUCAUGGAUAUACAUUACUGAACCCAAAUGCCUGUGUUAUAUCUGAGUGUGUACUGUGUGGGCUGUUGGGUUGGUGUCUUGGAAAGAUGUAGCAAGCCCAGUAAGGAGAGGCUGAGUGUGUUCUUGGAGAAUGUAAGACAGGAAAUGCCAAAAGCACAUCUGGAACUCUUACAUUCAGGAAGUCUAUGCGUGACAGCGAAGGCCUUCGACGUGCUGCUCUGCCUGCCCGCUUAGUAAUCCACUGUUCUGUGUUUGACUGUCACUGCAUGAGCUGAAGAGAAGCUGGCUGUAUCUCAAACACGGCAAGACUUCUGGGUGUCAAAUAAAGUUUGAUUACGAAAUAUUGUGGCCGGAUUUCUCAUCUAACUAUUACAUGGGAUUACUCAAAUGAGUGUAGGAGUGUGACAUUAGAUGUGGGUGAGUGUUACUCAAACACAAAUACAACUGUACUGAGAGCAGCAGUAUGUUUAAAAAAAAAAAAAAGGAAAUGUGCAGCCUGGCUUCAAUUUGCUAUUUUUGCCAACAGAUGGUGCUGUUAUGUUGCUGACCAAAGUGUCUUUGUGGCUGAUAAAAUGUCUCACAUGAGGCCUUGCAGGCAACAUUAUAAUGCCAUAUAUUUAUAAUAUGUUUUUGUAAUGAUGUUUUAUUGUGAUGCUUUUUUUCUGGAUUAUAUAAAAAAAAAAA